AUUCCGCACUCGUUUCGGUAUUGAAUCACCUUGACUGACUUGGUUUCCCCCUCUGGCCCGCAGGUCCCCCCUUGGAGACUCUGCAAGGGGCUUGGAGACUCUGCAAGGGGCUUGGAGGCUCUGCAAGGGGCUUGGAGACUCUGCAAGGGCCGCCGCCUGCUGCACCCUUAUGCUCCACUCCGCCCGACAAGCUCCUUCGACUGGCAGCAAGAAGCUAAGGGAGCACGAGCAGAGCAUGGGGAUGCCUCUACAUUAAGGUCCCCCUAUGAGACUUGGAAGGGCAGCAUGGAGGACGAGAUCCACGAGCACGCGGAGGUGAAGGCCGCCUGCUGCACCCGUGUGCUCCACUGCGCCUGUCGAGCUCCUUCAACGGGCAGCAAGAAGCUAAGUACCUCGUCCUGCCCCCACUUGCCCUGCUCUUGCCGCUCUUCCGUUUCCAGCAUGCGCGUGGCGUCUCUCGUGCAUCUCCCGCCACUCCGUUCCACUCGAGCUGCCUUUCCGCCCUCUCUGCAUCUGCAUCCGCUGCUACCAACCACUCACUCCCACUGUGGUAUAUCCCUCCCUCCCUCCUCCUUCCUGCUCCCCCCAGCAGGUACCAGGACUCGCCUCACUGACUCUCCCUUCCGGACUGCUGCUGCUGCUGCUGCUGUGACUGUCGAGGCGGAGGUCUGGGCAAGCUGGCUGGCUGCCUAGGCCCCGCUCCCCGGUCCUCCCAGCUGGUACCAGAACUCGCCUCACUGCCCCUCCCUCCUUCCGGAUCGCUGCUGCUGGGGGUUUCAAGGCGGAGUGCGGUGCUGGCUAGCUGCUGCGAAGGUCCCCCUCGCUGCUCCUCCUAGCUUGGUCCAGUACCCGCCCCACUGGCUCUCCCUUCCGGACGGCUGCUGCUGGGCUGCCGCUGGGCUGCCACGCUGCUGGGGCUGCAGCUGCUGCUGGUGGUUUCAAGGCGGAGUUUGGGGCUGGCUGGCUGUUGCGGAGCUCUUUUCGUUUCUUACCCUCGGUUGGUCCACUAUUAAUACCCCUCCCUCCCCUCCCCCCCGUUCACAGGUGUUGCUGGUGGUGGAAGCUAGCCUCGGGUGGUGGUGGUGUGGGGUUGGGGGUUGAUCUCAAGCUUGGGCCCAAUACCCGCACGUUUAAGGCUUAAUGGACGAGCACCAGACCCUGCGGCCGGGGUGUUCUGGUGUGAGUGUCCCCUCUAGCCACGUCGGUGAGGGGCUCAGGUCUUGGGGUUGGCCCUCAGCCCCACUGCUGGUGGUGGUGGAGAGUGGUGGAGAGUGCCCCUUUCCCCGCCUUGCUCUCACCUUACUCAGGGGGUGUCGUCCCCUUCCACUGCCUCCCCCCAUGGUUCACUCUGGGGUUUUCAACCUUUGUCAAGCCAAGCUGAUGGUGGUGGGAAGUGAUGGUAGUGUUGUCGG